GGAGAUCCGGGAUGGAAAUGCCAAAGAAGAUAAAGGAGCCGGGCAGCUGUCUUUGGACGAGAAAACAGGGCGACAGAUAAAAGUUCCUACACAAGAGAGUUUGAGAAAAGCUUCGCCAUGAGCUGGAGUAAAGAAUAAGCUGUUCCGGGCGUCUUGGACGAGCAGGUUGUUCGACUUUGAAGCGCUCAAGUUUGGACAGCUAGUUGACGCUGCGCCGCCGCUUGCUGCUGUUAGCUUAGCUAACUGGGUAACUGUUACGUCUCCAUCUCCGAGUCUCCUGUCUCUGCGUCCACCUUGUCAGCAAUACUGUGCAGUUAGUGGUCCUUUUGCGUGCUCUUUGUAUUGACUGUAACAGAGCAUGAUUUUUUUGUUUUGUUUUGUUAUUUCGCAAAGUGGUCCGGUAGCUCGUCCGUAUGCUAGCUGAGACUAGCUAACGUUUGCCGGGCCAGACAGCAACUUCGGCAGCAGAGUUUCGGAGAGUAUUGUCGCUCACAAGCAACCUGUGCUGCCAAAAGGAGUCCGGCUGCAGACAUGUUUGAAAUGGAGACACAUAUCUCGUGCCUUUUCCCGGAAAUCUUGGCCAUUAUUUUUAGUUAUCUGGACGUUAAGGACAAAGGGAGAGUAGCCCAAGUGUGCACGGCCUGGAGAGACGCGUCCUACCACAAGUCGGUGUGGAGGGGGGUGGAAGCCAAGCUCCAUCUGCGGCGAGCCAACCCGUCUCUGUUCCCCAGCCUGCAGACCCGGGGCAUCAAGAAGGUUCAAAUUCUCAGCUUGAGGCGAAGCCUGAGUUACGUGAUUCAAGGGAUGCCGCACAUCGAAAGCCUUAACUUGUGUGGGUGUUUCAACCUCACAGACAAUGGUCUCGGACAUGCCUUUGUGCAGGACAUCUCAUCCCUGCGAGUGCUGAACCUCAGCCUUUGUAAACAAAUCACGGACUCCAGCCUGGGAAGGAUCGCCCAGUACCUCAAAAACCUGGAGGUGCUUGAACUCGGGGGAUGCAGCAAUAUCACAAACACAGGCCUGCUGCUCAUUGCCUGGGGCUUGCACAGACUUAAGAGCCUUAACCUGCGCAGCUGCAGGCAUGUGUCAGAUGUGGGCAUCGGGCACCUGUCUGGUAUGACCCGCAGUGCUGCAGAGGGUUGCUUGUCACUGGAGAAGUUAACUUUGCAGGACUGCCAGAAGCUAACUGACCUUUCCCUGAAACAUAUCUCGAAGGGCCUAAACAAGCUCAAAGUGCUCAACCUCAGCUUCUGUGGGGGAAUAUCAGAUGCAGGAAUGAUCCACUUGUCACACAUGACCCACCUGUGCAGCCUGAACCUGCGGUCAUGUGAUAACAUCAGUGACACUGGGAUAAUGCAUCUGGCCAUGGGCUCCCUCCGGCUCUCUGGACUUGAUGUCUCCUUCUGCGAUAAGAUCGGAGACCAGAGCCUGGCUUACAUUGCCCAGGGGCUGUAUCAGCUGAAAUCCCUGUCUCUCUGCUCCUGUCACAUCAGCGAUGAUGGCAUUAACAGGAUGGUACGCCAGAUGCACGAACUCAAGACUCUAAACAUUGGACAGUGUGUGCGAAUCACAGACAAAGGCUUGGAGUUGAUAGCUGACCACUUGACCCAGCUGACAGGGAUUGAUCUGUAUGGUUGUACUAAGAUCACCAAGAGGGGCUUGGAGAGGAUAACGCAGCUCCCGUGCCUUAAAGUUUUAAACCUGGGACUGUGGCAGAUGACCGAGAGUGAGAGGGUGCGGUGAAAGCUCUCCUGUUUAGUCCAUAUUUCAGAGGGAUUGUCUGCUUCCACUCUUAAAUUUACCUUCUAUGCUGCGACUAAAAACGAGGAGAGAGACUCAGCAUUCAUCACUGGAAUAUUGUUCACCUCUGCUGCAGUUCUCUGACUUUAUUUCAGUCGUGCGCUCCUUCCUUAAAGUGCCCCUAUUGUGCUUAUUUUAAGGGUCUACAUAUUAUUUUUAGGCAUCUACCAGAAUUUAUUUCACACCGUCACUGCAGCAGCACCUCUCCUUUCUCUCACUUUGCCUUGAUUUAACCCUCUAGGAUCUGUCGCCUGAUAACAAAAAGCCUUAGCCACAUUAGAAACACUGCUUUUAACUUUUAUGUGAAUGUUUUACAUGUAAACAGAGCCAAAUGUAUUAUGUUGUAACAACAUGACUUCAGUAGUGCAAAGCAGGAGGGUUACAGUGACAGCUGCUUUAGAUUAGUCUCAAUCUAGUGGCUAAUAUAAGAACCAGAAAAAUAUGGACAUAAGAGCAGCUUGAUUGGAAAUUUGUAUUAAAAUAUGGUGUACAUGUGCGCAGAUUGAGGGAGGAUUUUGGUGUUUUUACAUUGUGAUGUAGAUACAAGGCAACAAAAUCCAGAAUGAGGCAGUUCAGCAGCAGUGUUUUCUGUGGGAAAGAAUGAGUAUUUGGUGUGGACUCUGGCCUUUUUUUUUUUUUUUUGGUAACUUUUUCAAACAUUUUCUACACUUGAAGAAAUAAAGUAUAGAGGAAACUUCCAAUAGCAUAAUAGGGGCACUUUAAACCUCAGCCUGUGUACAGUUCUUACUGUCUAGCUACCUCAUCCAUUGAACACAGGAGUGCCUGCUGUUGCUAAAUGCUAGAUUAGAGUUUAUAUUUUUGUGACUCGCAUACCAAUGGAGAUUUUGAUUUUUGUUUAUCUUUUUUUGUGUCAUUGCUGAAUAACAACUAGACAUUUAACUGUAAACAAAUUCUUGAGUGCUUGAAGUUUUUUUUAAAUAAUUCUUUUGUUUUUUUUCCCUUGUUUUGUAGCUUGUAUAACCUUUUUUUUUUAAUUGAAUGACUAAAAAUUGUACUUCAAAUUGAAGUGGGUGAAUCACUCCUGUCUUUGUUUACCUAUGUUUAGUUGGCUCUCUUUUCAUAUUUCUGAGGAAGUAAGUUAUGUAUCACAUCAAAGGUUUGUCAUCACAUCUACAGUAAGAUGUAGUCAUUAACAGCUACCAAGAUUAUAUGCAAUACUUUAAACUGUUCAGUCAGUGGUUUGUCCUCUGAGGCGCUUCCAAUGAUAACACCAGAGUACUUCUUUUAAAAAGCAGUAAUUUAAGAUUGUUUUAUAUUCAUACAGGAGUGAUAUUUAUGAAUAAA